UACAGUUGGUUAGUGAUAGUGGUGCGGCUGUAGACAGCGGCUGAAAAUGAAGAGAUAGCCGUUUACGAGGAAUGGCCAGACUGCCUUUACACACAGCUGCGUGACUCCCCGCGGUGUCCUGGAGGUGCUAUGAAGGCAGGGGCCUCGUCCAUGUGGGCAUCAUGCUGUGGCCUUCUGAAUGAGGUGAUGGGUACCGGAGCCGUGAGAGGGCAGCAGCCAGGUUUUGGGGCAGGUGCGGGGCCGUUUCGUUUCGCUCCCACUGCAGGAUACUCCACAUACCCGCCCAGCAACUCCAGCAGCACCGACCUGGUGUGUCAGGCCUGUGGACAAGCCUUCUCUGUCUUUAGGAGGAGGCAUAUCUGUUGUGACUGUAAGAAGAGUUUUUGUUCGCUGUGCUCGGUACUACAGGAAAACCUGCGCAGAUGCACAACUUGUCAUCUGCUGAAGGGCACUGCAUUCCGGCGUCCACAGCUCAUGCGUCUGCGUGUUAAAGACUUGCGGCAAUACCUUACAUUACACAACAUUAACACGGAUACAUGCAGAGAGAAGGAGGACCUGGUGGACUUGGUGCUUUCCCAUCAAGGCGCAGAAAGUGAGGAUGAUCCAGACACACCCUCUCUGCAGACACACCCCCUGUAUAGCCCACCGCCUUCAACUGAAGAGCCCACCUCCCCUCUCUCAGCACUCUCUCCAACUCCAAGAGAACCAAUCAGUAGGAGCAACAGCUCAGAGUCCACCAAUCAGGAUAUUGAGGACUCCCCUUCAGUCUCUCUCCUUAACCUUGAGCAGACAGAACACACACCUGAGGUUAGUCCUCAGACGAGGCGGCGGGCCCGAGCUUCUCUGUCAGGCCUGUCCUCUCUUGAUGAUGUGGAGCAGCUGAGCGUACGGCAGCUAAAGGAGAUCCUGGCUAGAAACUUUGUGAACUUCUCUGGCUGCUGUGAGAAGUGGGAGCUGGUGGAGCGCGUCAGGAGGCUUUACCGGGAGAACGAGGACAAUCGCAAAUCUAUGGAAAAUGUGAGCAACCCCUUCACUGCAGUGGUAGCUUAUCCCCCUCCAGUCUUCAAUGGCAGAAUGGGAGAUGGUUGCAAGACCCAGUUAUCAAAUGACGACAACUUGUGUCGCAUCUGUAUGGACGCGAUUAUUGACUGUGUGCUGCUGGAGUGCGGUCACAUGGUCACCUGCACUAAGUGCGGGAAGCGCAUGAGCGAAUGCCCCAUCUGCAGACAAUACGUUAUCAGGGCAGUGCAUGUUUUCAAGUCUUAAUACUGCUGGGAGAACAUCCUGCUCAUCCUGUGCAUUUGAGACUCGGUGAGGACAUCUGGACACUGUCUUUACAUCGGAUCAAUGAGGAAGAUCGUAUUCUCUGCUUAAUUUUUCAUGAUUUUUCAGGAAGCCUUCAGACAGUGGUCCGCAAUGGCUUUGUCAAUAAAUGCUUCAGUAAAAGCAUUCCACAAGCUCCUCAAAGAGGCUCUGUAAUAAUAUGCAAUUGUUUGCAGCAAUACCUCAUGGCCUUGACUUGAUGUCCUACAGCUUUGAAGACAUUCUGAUCACCUGUCACAUGCAAGCACUGCGAGAAAAAAGUCAAGAAUCGAACUGAAGAAUGAGAAUUACUCAAGUGUUUCAUCAUGCGCCAUCACUGAGGAUGGAAGGAUCUGAAUGUUCCCAUUGUUUUUUAUUUCGAUUUUUGUUGCAACAUCUGUGAAUGGGCUUUUGUUUCCUGUUUGAAUUGUGUAGCUUCUUAGAUUUUUGUUUGAUAAAGUAUCUGUUUUGGAGUUCCUACAAGUAACAGUGUAACUCCUGAUAAUUUGACACUGGCAUCAUCAAAUGAUUUCAUAAGUCGCUUAAAGACAUUUUUCUGUGGUACACAACAGGUCAUUCUUCUCCGGAUUCAGCUAUUUUUUAAAAUUUUUUAUAAAUCAUAUGAUCUCCUUUCUUUGUCAAAAGUCUAAAAACAGUAGCUGGUUUUUCAGUCACUAAUGUUCCUUGGGGUAAUGCGACUUUUGAGUAUGUGACUGGAAAACCAGCCGAGAAACCUGUUGUUAAAACAGUGUCAGUGGUGAGAAAUCAGAAGGGAUAAAGUAGGACCAUAAAUGGGCACACUGUAACUGUGAGUCAGUAAAAUUAGAAAAUGUGAAUUUUAUAUAUGUGCAAACGAACAAUAACAAUCAAAAUUAUGAACCGUGUAAAAGAAGAGAUUUAGGUGCCAAAAGUGCAUUUCUGUCUUCGAUGCUCUACGACUUUCCCAUUAUUGUUAGCACUUGUUUAGAUCUGAAAACCCUAAAAUAAAAAUAAGGAUGUCACUUGAGAGUGAUGCCGCACAAGUGAUCUACACAUAUUUUGUAGCCAUAACUUACUUGUGUGAUAAAUAUGAUUAAAAGUUGCAUGAUGGCACAUUGCAUUGCAUUGACGAGCAUCAGCUGCACAAAUGCUUCACUCAGUCACCUCUUCUUUUGCAUUGCAUUUUAGAUUAUAAGGGACUUGUGUAUAGUUUUGGUGUAUAUUCAGAUUCUUUACAUCUUUGUUUAAUUUCCUGUGUAUAUGCCUAUUCAGAUAAGUUUAUUUUUUUUAAGCAAAAACUUCAAAUGUGUUGCUUUUGGUCCAUUGCUAUGUUUCUUUAGUAUGGAAUUAACAAAAAAGCUAAAGCAGUAUGUAUGCACUUAGUUACCCUUGUAAUACUUAAAUAAAAGUGUUAAGAAAGAUUUGUA